GCUGAGUACAUAGGCAAGAGGUUGCAUCGCAUAACAUCAGACGAUGACCGCAAGAACACUCAUUUACUCCGCAAUGGAGUGGCUCCGAUCCCAUGCACAUCACGUAUCUCUUUGGGACGUGGCCAUCGCUUUCUUGGGCUACUUCGUAUUCUCGUGCAUCGCCGAGAGGCUGAGGAACAAGAACGGCCCGAUGCUGUGGCCGGUCCUCGGGAUCGUCCCGUCUCUUCCGUUCUCCCAGGACGAGCUCUACAACUGGCUGACCAGGGCCCUGGUGAAAGCCGGGGGCACGUUCUGGUACCGCGGCGUGGCCUUGGGUGGCCUCCGGGGGAUCAUCACGGUCGACCCCGCCAACCUCGAGCACAUGCUCCGGACCCGGUUCAGUAAUUACCCAAAGGGCAAGUAUUUCCGGGAGAGGUUCCGCGAAUUGCUCGGCGGCGGGAUCUUCAACGCGGACGAUGCUGAAUGGAAGGAGCAGCGGCGGCUUGCUACUUCAGAGAUGCACUCCCCGCACUUCGUGCGGCACUCGUACGACACCAUGCGGGAGCUCGUCCACCACAAGCUCCUCAAGCUUCUAGAGGCAAGGGCCGCCGCCCCAGGAAAUGAUAAGCCGCCGCUUGAACUCCAGGACGUACUCCUCCGUUUCACGUUCGACAACAUCUGCACCGCCGCCUUCGGUGUUGACCCGGGCUGCCUGACCGUUGAUCUGCCCGAGGUGCCGUUUGCUAAGGCGUUCGAGGAGGCCACCGAGCUAACGCUGUUCAGGUUCUUGGUACCCCCUUUCGUGUGGAAGCCCAUGAGGUAUCUCUCGCUUGGGAGCGAGAGGAGGCUCAAGGAAGCUCUAAAAAUCGUACACGAGUUUGCCGACAAGACGGUGUCGGACCGCUGGAUGGAGCUGAGCAAGCUUGGGAGCUUGAGUGACCGGUCCGACCUCCUGUCCCUGCUCAUGAAGGACAAGAACCACAACUUCUCCGACAAGUUCCUCAGGGAUUUCUGUGUGAGCUUCAUCUUAGCCGGCCGCGACACGAGCUCCGUUGCGUUGGUGUGGUUCUUCUGGUUGAUAGACAAGCACCCGGAAGUAGAAGCUAAAGUCCUCAGCGAGAUCCAUCAGAUUAUUGUACGGAGACGCCCUCCGGUGGGUCCGGAAGCGCAUCAGGACGUGGUAUUCACACCGGAGGAGUUGAUGGACAUGGUGUAUUUGCAGGCCGCACUAUCAGAGUCCCUGAGGCUGUACCCGGCAGUCCCAAUGGAGUUGAAGGAGGUCCUAGACGAUGACGUGCUUCCCAACGGCACCGAGCUGAAGCGGGGUGACCGAGUCAUGUACUGCCUAUUCUCGAUGGCCCGUAUGGAGUCGCUGUGGGGGAGGGAUUGCGAGGAGUUCAGGCCGGAGAGGUGGUUGAGGGAGGACGGGCAGCGGAUGGUGAGCGAGAGCCAGUUCAAGUACGCGGUGUUCAAUGCCGGCCCGAGGCUGUGCGUGGGGAAGAAGUUUGCGUACAUGCAGAUGAAGAUGGUCGCGGCAUCAGUGCUGUGGAGGUAUUCAGUGGUGGUGGCAGAGGGCCACAAGGCGGUGCCCAAGGUCACCACCACCCUCUACAUGAAGCACGGGCUGCCGGUGACUCUCCGGCCGAGGGUGGCCAGGAAGUUCUGAGUAACGAUUCCGGUGUGUGCUCGUGGCGUUGAAGGGUAAAUCUAGUAGAGGCCAGAGUUGGUGAUGAGGGCUGUAUUCGGUAUAUAGCAGCUCAAAGACAUGCAUGAAGAAACACUCCUCAACUCAUGGUUCGCUGAUUACUAUCUGCUCAUGUCGUAAAAAUAGUAAAAGGAGUUGGCAAACUAAUCUUUCAAGAAGUGGUUGUGUUUUGUGUA